UAGUCAUAGAAACUGGACUCUGUAAAUAAUUUCUUGGAUAUGUGUUAGAUUGACACACUGUAUGACUUUACUCUGUAUUGCUGAAGUCCUGCCUGAUAAAUCAAUUCUUCAUUCUUUUGCAACAAUUGCUAUUUUGCUUCACAGAUUGUCUUGAUUGUCAGCGGAGACUUAGCUUUGUCCCUUCUGGCAGCUGCUGUAUCCUGGCAUUUCAUCUGCAUCUCUUCAAAAGGGUCAGAUUGUGAUACAGAGAAGCAUGGUUAAUCAGGGGAGUGCAGAGAUACAGUAUCUCCUUCUGGGCAUGUUGGUAGUGAUACAUUGAUGGAGCGGUGAAAAGGAACAGGAGAAUCUGUGUGCAGACUGCUCCCAGAAAGGAACAGUUAUAGCUCAGGGCCAUUGGAGGAGCAACAUGAGCAGAGCUGCAUGAACAUGGAGAAUGAAUCUCCUCUGACCACAGCAGAGGAUAGCUAUUGAAUUGUGGGGUCCUUGGCUAGGACAACGAAAAGACAUGUGAGAUUCUCAGAGUCAAUGCUGGAAUUUGCCUAUUUCUGGACACAGAACUGCUGACAAAACUGGGAAUUUUUUCAACUGCCACUCCUCUGUGUCCAAAUAUUUUAAAAUACAGUCAGAGGAACAAUGACCUAGGGAAGGUUCUUUCUGGUCACUUGCCCUUGACUUCCCCUUUUUCCUAGGAGAAAAGCUGUUUGGAGGCACAUCCUCAAGCAGAGCCUCAAAUUAAACUGCAGAUCAUGUUGCUUUAUGAGCCACUGCAGACUUUUAACGAUCCAUAGUAAAACUCAUAAACAGAAAUAUGACUUUUAAAAGGAAGCCUGUGGUGAGACAGAGGUCAGGGAGUCUGCUUUUCUGUGAAACCCUGCCCUGGAACAACAGACCAGGCCAGAAGGAUGGGGGCAGAGAGGCUAGUCCAGUUUAAAAGCUUUGGCAAGGCAAGGGUGUCACCUGUCUGAUCAAGAAGUAUUAAAACUGGACAAUGCCUUCUAGAUAGUUGCAGAGCACAAGGAGCGGGGGGGGUGCUCCUUUAUUCUCCUUGGAGGGGGAGAGACUUUGAGGCAAGACCUUGGACUCCCCAGUCUCUCCCCAUGGAUAAAGGACCCCAGGAUAUCCGGGACCUGCGGCACUGCCUGAGAAUGAAGAGCAAGUAUGCCAUUCUCCUGGUGUUUGUUGUAGCUCUUGUCAUUAUCGAGAAGGAAAACAAUAUCAUAUCGAGGGUGUCAGACAAGCUGAAGCAAGCCCCACAAUCUCUGAUGGAGAUCAACAGCACAGACCCUGGCCUACUGCUGUCAGAAAAUGGGUCCCUCUUGUCCCUCAGCGAGCUGGAUUCUGCCUUCUCUCAGCUCAAGAGCCGGCUUCAGAAUGUCACCCUGCAGCUGGGAGGGACCAGGGAGCCUGCUGUGGCACAGAGACCCCGGAGACAUGUGCUCCUGAUGGCCACCACCCGCACAGGUUCCUCCUUUGUGGGAGAGUUCUUCAACCAACAGGGCAACAUUUUCUAUCUCUUUGAGCCAUUGUGGCACAUCGAGAGGACAGUGUCAUUCGAGCCAGGCGGAGCAAACGCAGUGGGAUCGGCCCUCGUCUACCGAGAUGUCUUGAAGCAGCUGUUACUCUGUGACCUCUACAUCCUGGAGAACUUCAUCACCCCGUUCCCUGAGGAGCACCUGACCCCGUAUAUGUUCCGGCGGGGCUCAAGCCGCUCCCUGUGCGAGGACCCUGUUUGCACCCCUUUUGUCAAGAAGGUCUUUGAGAAGUACCACUGCAAGAACCGCCGCUGUGGCCCCCUCAACAUUACCCUCGCUGCAGAAGCCUGCCUGCACAAGAAUCACAUGGCACUCAAGACAGUGCGAAUUCGGCAGCUGGAGUUCUUACGACCCCUGGUUGAAGACCCCCGCCUAGACAUGAGGAUCAUCCAGCUGGUGCGGGACCCUCGGGCAGUGCUGGCCUCUCGCAUUGUGGCCUUCUCGGGCAAGUAUGAAACCUGGAAGAAAUGGGCUUCAGAAGGAGCAGCUCCCCUCAACGAGGAUGAGGUGCAGAGGCUGCGGGGGAACUGCGAGAGCAUCCGCCUCUCGGCUGAACUUGGCCUGAAACAGCCAGCCUGGCUGCGGGGCCGCUACAUGCUGAUCCGCUAUGAGGAUAUUGCCAGGUCACCCCUCCAAAAUGCCAAGGAGAUGUACAGGUUUGCUGGCAUCAGCCUCACCCCACAGGUGGAGGAAUGGAUCCAGAAGAACACCCAGGCACCUCAGGACAGCAAUGGCAUCUACUCCACCCAGAAGAACUCUUCGGAGCAGUUCGAGAAGUGGCGCUUCAGCAUCCCCUUCAAGUUGGCCCAGGUGGUGCAGAGCGUCUGUGGCCCAGCCAUGAAUCUGUUUGGCUACAAACUGGCCAGCGACCAAGAGACCCUCACAAACAGAUCCAUCAGUUUGCUAGAGGAAAGGAGGGCCUUCUGGAUCACGUAAGAGCUCUCAUCGCUGGGUUUCUGUACGGAAACAUACGGUUAGACUGAAAAAAGAAAAACCUGAGCACAAGAACAGCUGGGGAAGCAGGAAAGGGGCAAGUGGAAAGGGGCCACUGUCCCCUGCUGACACGCAUCACACCCUCGUUUAUAAGGCUUGUGUUUGCCAUGCACUCCUCAUCCUAGCGAGGUGCUUUCUGAAUCUCCAGUGGACAGCAGGGGGAAUGCAGUAACAGCCAGGAGCUCUGGCUCGUCUAGAUGGAUUAUAAUGUGGCCACCCUUUGAAACUAAAUGGAGCUCAGAAGCUGGCAGUUGGGAGAACCAAAGCAGUAGGUACUAGCUUCCAUACCUCACCUCUUAGCUUUCUUCUCUGCACAAGCACCACCCUUCUUUCAAAGGACAUUCUGCACUAAACCUCCAAAGAGAGAAUUGUAUGUUUUAAAAAUCUUUGUACACUUUAAAAUCCCUCAUCUCGCCGAGCAUGAGCGAGGAGGUGAGAGGAGCCAAGGGUUGCACUGAUAUCGCCUUGGGCAAACUUAAAGACCUCGCUAAGCUGUAUUUGGUUGGGUUGACGGAACUGUCAGAAAGGGACUUGGUUGGAGUUUGUUGCCAAGAAACCUCUUAGUAAAUCCCUAGUGAGAGGAUCUGGGAGACUCUCUCCUCCCAUCCUGACUGCUGCUGCCUUAUGCUGACAGACACUCAUGUCGGACACUUUGUGCAUGUCUGUGGACCUUUAAAUAUACCAACAGCCUGUUAAACCUUGAGAGAUGUGACUGAGUCCUACAAGGGUGAGCACACUCCCUCAGACCAUGCUCUCAGAAGAGCAAAAUGCCAGGACAUCAGGAAAACAUGUAGCAGAGCCAGCAAACAGCCACACCAUGAUCUCUGGAACUGGUGCAGCAUUUUCCACCUUAGCUGCUUGUUAUCAAGUGCACCAAAGCCAGCAGCUAAGAGGUGGCCUGGAGACAAUGAAAACACUAUUUAAGAGAGAGAGAGAGAGAGACUUAGAAAGAGAAAGAGAAAGCAAUGCUCUCUAUCCCUGGGGAUUCAACUGGUCUCCUUCCAAGGUGCCAUCAGUUGUUUUGUCUUCCACCACCGUGGAGGCUGGAUUCCUCAGUGAUCAUUUGCUGGUCUAGAGGUCGAUACUGAAAGCUUUCUUGGCUGGUGGUGGCAGGGUGUUUCUGUAAUAGUAUUUAUAUUUUGUCCUUGCUAUUGUUUGUAUAUCUUUGGAAGUGCUGGUUGGAGGCUGCCAGCAAUUCUCCUGCCCAAAGCAAAGGGGAGUAGUUUGUACCAGUUAGCUUUUUGUGGCAGGAGAGGGGGGAGGAGAGAGACUGGGAUGCAGGCAAGUGGGAACUCGUCCAAAAUUAGGCAAUAGGAAUAGUUUCCAUAACAGAAAGAGAUGGUCUCAGAUUGCAACAGACAAAUUCCUAGCCUGUGCUGACCCUUGUCCAAUCCACAGUUAAGUUAGGUUUUUGCUUCCUGGAGUUUGAUCUCUUCGUGGGGCAACCCAGAGACUACUCCAGAAGAGGUCUUCAGACUCCUUUUCAGCCUCAUCAUUAUUCUGAGAUACCCACUGAGUCCCCUUCACCCUUAAAUACAUCCUCAGGGAAGAAACAUGGAACAAGAGCUGAGCUGGGAGUGUUUUUUGUUUUGUUUUGUUUUGUUUUUUUAGUAAUUUUUGAAGGGGCAGCAUCAGGUUUUUGUUUUAAAUCAAAUUUAAAGGGAUACUGUCAACACAGCAAACUUCUUUCUGAAACUUAUCUUUACUUCCUGUUGUCACAGAUUAUUCAAAUGUAGAGAGAUCGCAAGAGACAUUUCUCUGUUUUUCAGUGUGUUUACUUUGUGCAUUUAUCAGUACUUUAGGCAGUCAGUUUCAUCCGUGGUUGGAUUCACUUCCUAAUCUCAUGCACUAGCAUGAGAGAAUAUCAGAAUUCUCAUGCACAAGGGUGGGGGCGGGCACAGCUGGGCAGGGGAGCAGUCCCCCUGAUCGCCUAUGGAUCCAUGGACAUGGCCUGGGAGCACUGGUAAACUGGAGCUGGACAGCAGGUAGACGGAGUAAGCUGUUGCUGACAUGGGUGAUCAGCAUAGGGGAGACGCUAAUGCAGGAGUGAGAUCCAGGCACAUGCUGUUUAUGGCCAUUGUUGUGCUGGAGCACACCCCUGUUGGAGCAACGGAAAGAGAAACACAAAAAUAAAUGCAGGAUAAUGGCUGAAAUUCUCAGCCCUCAGUGUACCGUAACAUAGUGUAUGCCCCCAACCUACACCCAUGUAAAAAUUGACAGUGUCUCUAUCACAGGGCGAGCUAGGUGGCACCUCCUCCUGCUCGCUCUGGGGAACAGCUCUGUCCAACUCCCACGUCCCCUUCCGCUGCUCACUGCAUGCUCUGCUGUCUCUGACUCUCUGUGACUCAAGGGGCUCUGUUUUUGUGGUUUGGCCCUCCGGCGAGAUCACUAUAGUCCUCCCCUUUCAGGGCAACAAAAUAAAUUUCCAAACCAGCUGUCCAGAGCUCCUCUCCAGGGCUUCUGUGCCACUUCUCAGGGGUUGGUAGGAGAACCCAGGCCUGCACUGUCCACUGGGUUCCAGCCCAGAAACCCUGUAACAAGCAGCCACGGUCUGCAUGGUCCUACCCCUUGCUGUUUUCCCUGGGCUUCUUCCCACCUAGCUCUCUCAGGCUUCCUUUCCCCACAACUCCUCUGGGGUUGACCCUUGUUCUAGGGUUAGAAUCCUGGUGCUUAUUCUCCCUCUUGGGUUUUCAUCUCCCCUCCUCUGUGCUCCCAGAGAGCAACCUCAGAGUCUCCCUGCAGUCCCCUUCUCCAGCAAACUUUCUGGCUUUAUAAUCCAGCCUGCUCCAGCCCAGCUGAGUCUCUUGUUCAGUUAAGCCUGGCUUUCCCUCCAGGUACAGCCAGGUACCCUAACUGGUCCCUCAGGCCCACAUUAACCCUUUCAGGGCCUGUGUGGAGUACACACCCCAUCACAGUUCUCUUUUUAAAAAAGAGCAACAAUCCACACCUCCCUCCCAGGGUUACUAACAACACCUUAUAUUGUUAAACUGAAAUAGUUUUUUAAAGAUAUGAAUUUAUUUUACUCCAGUUAUGCAGUUUGUCCAAACUGAAAUGCAGAAAGUAACCAAUGAAAACAGAUCAGGCAGCAGGAGUGCUGGAACAAUUUUUAUAGUGGGGCUGCUGAAAGCCAUUGAACCAAACUGUAAAUGAUGGAAACCUCUUCAAGCCAGUGAGUGCAGCAGCACCCCCAGUUCCCGCACUUAUGCCGGGCAGUUUCACUUUUCAGCUCCCUUGUACUAGCACAAUUCUUUCUGCAGUGUUUGGGUUGCAGAUAUUGCAAAGAGAAUGUUGAUACAAAAAGGUGGAAACUGUUUCCAAUUGAGCUUAAAAAUAAUCAUGAAAAAAUUGACUAAUAGCAGGUUUUGUAAAAAACAAAAAACAAAAAAAAACAUUUAUUUUUCUAUCCCUAAAUUUUGGGCCUAAACUAUCUUUACAGUUUUUCAAGGAAUUACUUAUAUCUAAAUCAGUGGUCCCCAACCUUUUCGUCUUGCGGGCGCCAGACGAAGGACCGUGGCGGCAGUUGAACAUCCACCAAAAUGCUGCCAAAUUUCGGCGGCAUUUCGGUGUCGCCGCCGCUUGAUGACGUCGCUUGUCGGUGGCAAGCGGCGUCAUCGAGAGGCAUCGCCGCCAAAAUGCCACCAAUUUCAGCGGAUGCUUGACUGUCAGCCAGGACGUGGGCGCAUUUAGAUGCCUCCGCGGGCGCCAUGGCGCCCACGGGCACCGCGUUGGGGACCCCUAGUAUAAAUGAAGCUUAGAGAAGUGAAAAGAAAUUAACAAAUAUGUGCUUCAAAGGGGGCUUUUCUAUGUAUGCCCUUGCAACUCACGUGUGGAGUUGUUUGUGAACCUCAAGCUCUGCACCCACUGAAGAGCACAUUUUAAAUUACUACCUAUAGGUGUAUAAACCAUAAAGGGCAAAUAUACAACAGUUUCCUCCUUCAAGCUCACAGACCCUCUGGUGCAAACAAUCAUUUUUGACCUCUCUUUCUUUAAUAUUCACAUUCUGUCCUCUAACUGCCUCAUCCUAUAUUAUAAUUUGUUUACCUUUGGAAAGGUAGCAGACUUAGGCCUCAGUUCAGGAAAGCACUUAAGCAUGGCAUAACUUUAAGCACACCUUAAUGUUAAGCAUAGGCAUAAAAGCUGUCCUGAUCAGAGGUGCUUUCCAGAAUAAGGGCCUUAAUGCAUACUGGAGCAUUUCUUCAAUAUACUCAAGACAACAAGAGCUAUAGGUACAGCACGAGGGGCCCUAUUUCCAAUUGCCUUCUACCUUGUGUCAUCAUUUGCAUCAGUAUAAAGUGGCUGUAAAUGGUCCCCAAAACAAAACGGAAAUGGUUUACACGAUAUGACCACCCAGUGGACCUGAGCCAAGGCCCAUUUAAAUCAAUGGAAAGACUCCCACUGACUUUGACAGGUUUUGGAUCAGCACCAAGGUGCAGGGUAACCAUGAAUCAGAUCCAUACUGCUCCUUAAUCAAACUUACUUUGCCAGCUCCAGCAGGGAGCCCCCAGUGGAAACAAUUCUGGUGCAGUCAGUAGGGGAGAGUGUGUUUACCUGGAGCUCCAACCAGCACUUUGGUUCUGAGAAGUGAGGCGUUAUUAUUGCUAUUGUUUGUUUUGUUUGUGCUUUUCAAAAGUUUAUUUUUAUUUUUUGUCUACAAGGGCUGCAGUCCGGCAGGAAAGAGACUGCCACUUCCUGCAACAUGUGGAACCGUUCAGAGAAUGGAGGGUUUAAUAUUGUAAACUGCAAGGGGAAUGUAUUUAUUUAUUAUAUGAAAAAGAGGGGAAAUAUUUUAUUAGCAGGGAGUCUGAGCUACACCCAAAACCAGGCAGACAAUAAAUAUCCCAAGAAAUGGAAAAAAGGUAAACAAUUAAACUCAGAGCAGCACAGUUAUGAUUUCAAACAAAAUGCUGUUGUUUUGAGAAGUCUGUUUUUCUUAACACCCAGAAACAAACAAAAAUCACACUUCUGUCUCGAAACUGCUAACUGCUGUUGUUACAAGUAACACCUCCACACUCUAUAACUGAACCAGAUUAGGUUCACUGUUCCCUGUUAUUGGGAGAGUCAGGGGGCUUUGCACAGCAAUAGGAAGGAGGAAAAUGUCUUUUUUAUUUUUUAAGGAAAGCAUGGGUGAAAAAAACCUCAAAAAUUGGCGAACUCGGGCUGUGUAGGACAUGGAACUCUUUGUAGCACUUUUUAAAUGACAGCCUUUCAAAUGGCCCAUUUCACAAGCUGCGAGCUUGUUGACACUGCGUUAUGGUGGUAAAAGUUAUCUUGCUCAGAGGUGUGAAUAAGCCACCCCUUGCACAACGUAACUUAUACUGACCUAAGCGCCAGUGUGGACGGCACUAUGUUGACAUAGCUACCAUCCUUUGUAGAGGGGGUUUUAUUGUGCUGACGAGAGAGCAUCUUCACCAGACAUGCUACAGUGGCGCAGCUGUAGCGUUCUCGUGUAGCCUAGCCCUGAGACACAAUAAAUCCCAGACAGGACAAAGGCUUUGGAUAUAUUUUUAUGGCCUGGGAAAACACAGAAAUGCACAGGAAGUGAAAGGGUACAUGCCGCAGUGGCAUAAAAGAAUGGCUGUUGUCUCUGGGGAGCCCAUCUGGAAUCAGACUUGUGCAUAAUGAGAAGUAAAUAUGGGGGUUUCAGGUUUCUCCCCCCCCCCUCAGGUGGGAGCUGAUACCAGGUUCUCUCAUCCCAAGAGAUGGAGAGAAAAAUUGCAAUAGUCAGAGCUGAGGUUAUUUGGUAGAUGAACGUGAGAUAUGUGAUUAGACAUGGAAGGCCAAAUCCUGCCAUGAUUUACACCUAUUGCAAUCACAUAUGACUUCAGUGGGUCUUAAAUCAGGCUAGGAUUUGGCCUAGAGACUGGAAUUCUGUCUCAUUGCUGGAGCAGUCCCUCAGGGCAGGGCUGAAUUCAUUAGCAGCUCAUGGGAACCACGCUGGAUGGCUACCUUCUCUGUACAUAGCCCUGGGAUAGACAGAGGGAGUCAGUUCUCUGCUCAGCCAGUCACUUGACCUUCCCAAGCACAAGAGAGUCAUUCACCAGUUAUUUGUUUAUUUAAAGGUUUUUUCUCUCUCCCUGAACAGAUCUUCAGGCUGCGGGAGAGAGACAGUCUCUGACCUUGGCACAUAAAAGGACUAUUCCUCUGUGUUCCAGUUAUUAGACAUGGAAAGGCAAAUUUCUAACAUCACAUUCUUUCUCUGGUGUGUUCGAUAGAGCUACACAUUCUCUCUCCCUUCUCUGUCCUAUAGGACAGGGACCAGGCUCAGGUGCUAGAAGAAAGCUGUGCAUGCAGUCAGCCUGUCGUGCUCUCCUGAACCCCAACUCCCUUGCGGUACUGCAGCAUAGCAACCUCCAGCUAUCAGGCUAGUUCGUGGGGGGAGGGCCUUUCACUCACUAACAUUUCAGGUGGGGAGAAGUGUGAAGAAAGAGAAGGAGCUGGCAGCAGGGUCUGAAUGGAGCCUUUGACUUGCAGCUAUGCUGCGUUUCACCCCAGCAGGGCAGAGAGAGGAAGGCUCACAACUGCCAUCUGUGCUCCUAAGGCUGUAAAAUGGAGAGCUGCUUUAUUACUUCAGCUGUUUUCUUCCUUCCCUUCUUCCUCCUCUCAUCCAUCUUUGCUUGUCAGCUCAAAGGGAGGACUCUCAGGUGCCUGGCCCUCUUCAGUGGCUGACAUCACACAGCCCAGAAGUUUAAAAUCAGAACACCUGCCUCCAGGAAAGCAGAUGUAACUUCAGCUGCAGGGGCUCUCCGCAUUGUUGGGGGAAAUCCAAGGGGACAGGAGGCAAGGGAGGGUCGGCCCCGGCAUCAGGCAAGCUUCAAAGGGAAAUGCACUGGGAUGGGGUCCCUUGGGCAGCUGGAAGUGUGCACCUAAGGGAGUCCAGCAUCCCUCGUUUAUUUAUCUGGAUGGGGAGAACUCUGUGCUGCCACCUAGGAGUUUUUACAAAACUAAAUUAACAGCUAAACCAAUGUCCAGAUAUUUUCUUACUGGCCCUGUGUUAAGAGUUUAGCUUAAAGGCCUGCCUGGCUCCAUAGCAGUGAUGUUACACAGGGUUUUUUACACUCCUGGAGCCACUGUGGUCUGCCAGCCCCAGGAAGCGCUGACAGACACAUCCUCUGAGGAGAGUACUCAGUACUCUAGUUUGAAUCUUCCAUGCACAGAAAUGAAUGUGAACCUUGUAACCAGUUAGAAGAUGGUUGACUUGACUUAUUUAAUUAAAAACACAAUGGAGCAGAAUCCAAAAAGGCA